AUGGCUCCAAUAAGAAGAUAUCUCCGGAUCAGCAGGCAUUCAGUCCUUGAAUGUCGCGUCUUUCUAGAAAACCCCGCAGACGAGCCACGAUGGUUGCUGAAGGAGAGCGAUCCAGCCUUGCCACGUGUUUUUGAAGCAGUAAAGCCACUCAUCCUUCUGAAAUUAAGGGAAGAGAAUGAAACAGCACGAGGCAAAGGAAAGAAGAAGAAGACUGUCAAGGAUAGUGUCAAGCAAGAUGACUUUGAGGUUUCAAUCUUCCUCACGGAAAUUAGAACUCGACAUUCCUUGCUCAUCAAGAACAAGACUUUCAAGCAAAAGCCUCCGAUAAAAACGAAUGAUGGCGGCAGACUGACCAGGGCAGCUCACCAAGAUUCAGUAUGGAUUCGGGAUGAAGAGGAUGAACAUGACGUAGUGCUUCACGAUAUACCUGCGGUUGAUGAUGAUAUGGAUGCUCAGCAACCAUUCGGAGACGAAGAUGCUAACCCGGAUGCACCUCUUGAUGAUGACAAGAAGAAACUUGGGUUCAAGACGACCUACGAAGGUUUCAGUAUAUGGGGUUGGGUGCUCUGCCUCUUCGUUGAACGAAAAGGUGGCCCCGGCCAAAAGAACGUUGGGACAGAGGGUAACACUCAGGCACUGAUGCAAGACUGGAUUGCAUCAACGCAACAGCAAAAAGAAGAUGAAUUUUGA